CUUUGUAUUUAAACAGCUACUAUUAUGCUGCAAAGGAUACCUGCUGGAUUAUUUUUGUUCCAAGUGGGACUUCAGAAUGGCUUUUCAAUUAAUGCAACUUGUUCUGUCCUGUGUUUCGAAAGUGGAACAAAAAAUAAGUUGUUUUAGGGAGGAGGGCAAAAGUUUAAAUGUCUAGUUUUUUUUUAUCUUACCAAGACAGAGGUAAGAUGACUAAGUGUUUAAACAGAGAGAAUGACAGGAAUUUACUUUUUUAAAAAUGAUCAUUCAGGAGCUGAAUUUACAGAAAAGAAGGGCGCUUCUGCAGAGAAGAACUGGUGGCCUUCACUGCAUGCAAAUUGUCCCCACAAAUGCCCUCCCCCAGCUUCCCCUGCCACUGAGUUUAUUUCCAGUCUUGGAUCUCGGCUGCAGGAGAAAACAGAGAUGCUCUCAUGAAACUCCUGCAACAUCUGCAAAGAGGAAUGACCGGUCAGCAUGUAAUUCCCCCCUCCCCCGGUGAUGGUUUUGGAUCUUGUGUUUGCUAAGAAAGUCGCUCAGCAAAGGUUCUACGAGGUCCAAAAUGUCAGUGAAAUCUGCCAAGAUAUAUCCCUCCCUCCAAAGAGGGACAGUCAUCUGGGAUCCCAAGCCACAACAAGUGAAGAAAGUUUUUGAAGCUUUGAAGAAAGGACUUAAUGAAUAUCUGGAAAUGCAUCAGGCAGAGCUGGAUUAUCUCUCGGAAUGCCACAAAGAUACAAGAAGAAACUCCAGGCUGGCUUUCUACUAUGAUUUGGAUAAGCAAAUCCGCUCUGUUGAAAGGUACAUCAGGAAACUGGAAUUUCAUAUAAGCAAGGUAGAAGAAUUAUAUGAAGCUUACAGCAUCCAGUGCAGACUGCGAGAUGGUGCUUCAAAUAUGAAACAUGCCUUUUCCUUAUCCCCUUCCACGAAAGCGUCAAGAGAGAGCCUCGUAGAACUUUAUAAGAACCUCCAAGAGUGCACGGAGGAUAUGUGUCUGAUAGAGGGGAUUCUUGAAGUGCAUUUGGGAGAGUUUCAGUUGAAGAUGAAAGGGUUGGUGGGCUAUGCACGUCUCUGCCCAGGGGACCAGUAUGAGGUGUUUGUUCGGCUGGGUCGCCAGAAGUGGAAGCUGAAAGGCAAAAUUCUGACACAUAACAGGCAAACGUGGGAUGAAGAGGAAAAAGUUUUCAUACCCAACCUCCAUGAGAAGUUUGAAAUCAAGGUCACAGAACUGCGGGGACUGAGUACCCUGUUGGUUGGCAUGGUGACGUGUGACAGCAUAGAGUUCUUCACAACUAGGCCUCAGACCAUCAUUGUGGAUAUAACUGAACUGGGCAGCAUCAAACUUCAACUGGAGGUCCUCUGGAACCCUUUUGAUAGUGAGAGCCUAAUUUUGUCUCCUGGAUCUGCCUCCAAGUUUUCUGCGGGGAGCAGAAAAAGCUCCAUAUAUAGCUGGACUCCUCCAAACACUCCCAGCUUCCGAGAGAAAUAUUACCUGUCUGUGUUGCAGCAAGAGAAAAAGCAAACAGAUAUUGGUGAUGAGGCCCAAGAUCCCUGCAUCCUGAGCUACUUGGCCGACUGUAAUUUUAACAUGAGUCUGAGGAGUACGACCCACAGCCUGACUGAGAUGGCUGAAGGCAGCUCGUUCAGCUCAGAGGACCAGAAAGGGAUUGAAAGCAGGAACGUGACUCCACCCUCAAAUCAAAGGACGCUGCCAGUACCACUGGCUAUCCUACAAGAUGUUUGUGUGGAAGGAGAGCAACGGGACAUUUCACUGUGCCAGCCCCUCAGCCACAGGACUCUAGACAUCCUACAAGAGACACCCCAUGCUGACACUGCUCUCACCAUCCCAUUGUGCCCACUGGAUCAGGAGAAAGGCAAGAGCAGAUCCAUAAUCCGGGACAGGAGUCACUCUUUAGCACAACAAAGGAAGGCCCUUUCUGCUGGUCGAAGGGGCUUGAAAGGUGAUGUUGAUUCCAGUUGUGCUGGAAGGACCAGAUUGAUUGAGAAGACCCUGCAGGAAGUGUUACAUCUGCUGAAAUCACAAUAUCCUAUCCCCGCCCAACUGGAGGAACUGGAAUACCAGCUUUUCUGUAUCCGGGGCAAAUUAAAGCCGAAAAAGUUCCAUCUGAAACACUCUUCCAUGGAGAGCUUGAUGGUUGAGACAGUGCUGGAAAGUUUUGACUUCCUCAACGCCGACUGCAGUGCUGAUGAACUGUCAUCCUUUGGGAGUGUAAGGACCCGCAGUACCAGCACCAGCACCUACAAUGAUGGCACACUUCUGUCCCUGGGUUAUGAUUCCAAAACGGAAAAGAAAGAGUUAACCACAGGCAGUGAUGACCUAGAUAUACUUCUGGAAGUUCAUCUGCAGUUCUGUAGAGCUCUUCUUCAGAAACUUGUCAUGCCAAACUUAGCUCCGAUUGUCCAGGAGAGCCUUUUGGAAGAGGUGUCACAACAGAAACAUGUUCUGGAGAUAAUCUCUGCUCUGGCUGCUCCUGUGCCACGGAACCUAACUUCUGUUGAAGAGAUAAUUCAAAAAGCUAAAAAGCAGAAGCACUGCCUGAAGAUAUGGAGUGAGUGCACUGAACGGGGUAGCAUUCUGUUCUGUCCAGUGGAGAGAUUUUGGAACCCUUUGAAAUACAUAUUGAUGUUCAAAACAAAAGAGAACUAUCAAGGGCACCUAGAAAAAGUUUUGCAGAUGUUCCUGGAGCAGAUAGUUGGAGGCAGUCUGUUCUUUCUCUCGGCAGAUCUUCCAGCCGAAUCAGUGACAUUAUUCCAGUUUUACAACUAUCUGGAGAAGCACCAUGUGAACAACUUGGAGAAAUACUUGGCCAGAUUCGCUAAAGAAGUGAUAUUAACUGAGGACCUCCAGCGUCCUGGGAGAAUGAAGAAAAUAAAGAAACUGAAAGGGAAGCGACUAAGUCAACUACAACCCCUUCCACAGACCUUACAACUCCUUGCAGUUUUGCAGCUUGAUGAAAAUCAUCGUGUGGGAAAAGCAGCCACAUCAUGUCUUUCUCGUGCAGCAGCUGAUAGGAAUUUCAGGGAAAAGGCUCUUCUUUUUUACACAGAUGUCUUAAAUAAUGAUGAUGCAAAAUUACAACAAGCCGCAUGUCUGGCCCUCAAAAACCUCAGAGGCACUGAGAGUAUAGAACAAAUUGCCAGACUGUGUCUAUCAGAAUCAGAGGAAGUGCGGAAUGCUGCCAGAGAGGCGACUCUUUCGUUUGGUGAAAAAGGAAGGCUGGCUUUUGAAAAAAUGGACAAAAUCUGUUGUGAACUGAGGGAGACUAUGUAUCAAGAAGCUGAAAUUGAAAUUACAGUAUUUUAAACAGUACCUUCAAGUGAGGCCGCUGUCUUGUUCUGUGUGCACUUGUUUUUAUCAGUAUGUGACAAGGUACAGAGUACCAGGGACAGCACACAAAUUGUAAAUCUGUCUCAGCUGGAUUUUUUUAAAUACCAAGAAUUCUUGAAAAAGAACAGAGUUUGAGUUUUAGCACAGGUGAUAGGUGUAAAAACUUUUGGUGACUCUGAUCUUAUAACCAGAAGGCACUGUGUAAACAAAAGUAUAAACAUUCUCCAAUCUUCAGUAUCACAACAAAUGUUAAACCUGUAAAAGGCAUUUGGAAAACUUGCAGCAAAGCUCUCUGUCCCCGAUUCUCAAUGAGGAAAGGAGAAAGAAGCAGCUUUUCCAAGUGCGAGAUGUUUUGUGAAUCUCCCAGAAGGCUUUCCAAGUGGGGCUGGGGGAAUGAGAAGGAUCAAACUGGGACUGCAGUGAGUGAAUGGCAUUAAAGAAAAGGCAGCCCUCUAUGCCUUCAAACCAAGACAAACCUUUGGUUUAGGCAUAAGAGAAUAAUCUGUAUAUUUAUUGCUUAAUCUUGUGGACGGAGACUUUCACACACAGAUUUCUAAAGUAAUUAGAUAUUAUCAAUUAACCUGAAAUCUCCUUCAGGGGCACCUUGCUGUGGCCAGUGGAGAAGACAAACAUGGACCUAUUGGGGUCUUAAAUUAGAUUGAAAAACUUGGGAUUUGUGACCUAUUAUUGAGCACUUUCCAGAGUUAAGCCUGCACUUGUCUUAAAACACAUACACCAGAAUCUAGUGCCUGGCAAUAUAAGAGAAAACAAGAAGCCAGUUCCUUCCUUUUCAGUGCUUAAUUCUGGGUUUUAAAACUCUUUAGAUUAUAACUAAGAAACUAUUUCAAGUGGUCUGUGGCUGUAAUCCUUAGCAUAUUUACAGUAACAUUUUUACUGAAUCUAGCGAGUCUCACUUCUGAGUAAACAGGUUAGGGCAGGUAUGGGCAAGCUGUGGCCUGCGAUUGCUGCUGGACAAUAACCCCCAUCUUCCUUUUAUCAUUGCCCAUGUUGUCAAGAGGUUAAUGGAAUUUGAGUCCAGCAUCUGAACCAUCACAGGUUUACCAUCGCUUUGGCUGUGAGUGUUUUGGGAACUUCGCCUGUUGCUGAUAACAGGAAGCACUUCAAAGUGUGUGUGUAUGCAGGCUGCCAUCACUGGAUCAUGGCCCUUGGCUUUUAAUGUACAUAUUUUAUACAGUAUACAGCGCUUUGUGUUUUUUUUUACUUUUCAGUAUUUAUUGCUGGGGUUAGUUUUCAUAUUUUUAAAAAAGUUUUAUUAAAAUGUUUGAAUUCCCAA